CUUUCCCUCUCUUGAAAUCCUUCAGCUUCAGCUUUAGCUAGUGGUAAAGAAGGCUGAUCAUGAGGCCUCUUGGCAUGGUCCUGCUGCUCUCCCUGGCUCUGUGCUGCUUUCUGGAUGCUGCACGAGCUGAAGACAAAGCCCAAGAUGCUAACUGUGAAAAGUAUACAGCUAAUUGCACAAAAGAGUAUCACCCUGUCUGUGGCACUGAUGGAAAGACUUAUGGCAAUGAAUGUGUGCUAUGUCAUGAAAAUAAGAAAAGAGGAACUCAUGUCCGGAUCAAAAAAUCUGGGCAAUGUUGAGGAAGCAAAAUAUCCUUGGGUCCCCUAUGUGAUAGCACCAUGGCUGGCCACCCUGGCUCUUUAAUAAACUUAUGAUUUUGAUUGCUGA